UCUUGAUCCAAAAUUUUAGAUCGUUAAAUUUGUGACGACCUUUUCAUGGAAGGAAUCAUAUUUAGAGAAAAAAAAAACAACAGCAAGUGAAUUAUCUUUCUUUCAAUUAUAGUAAAUUAUGGAUCGUCCUAAUAUUAAUAGUCAAAUUGAACAUUUACAAUCAAAAUAUGUUGGAACUGGACACGCUGAUACUGUGAAAUAUGAAUGGCUCACUAAUCAACAUAGAGAUUCACUUGCUUCCUUCAUGUGUCAUAAUUCUUUACUUUCUUAUAUUUCUGUAGCUGAAAACGAAUGCAAAGCACGUGUUAAACAUAAUUUGUUAGAGAAAAUGCUUCAACCUUGUGGACCACCACCUGAAAAAGAAGAGUUUUAAUGUACAUAAUCUUUAUUUUUUUUUUGUGGAAAAAGAAUAAUAACAAUUAAACUUUUGUAUUUAUCUUUUGAUGAUAAAAAAAAAUAAUCGUAUCAACAUA